GUGUGUUCGAAGCGUUAUUGCAUUUUGGUACACUAGAAUUACAUUCAUUUCCAAUGAAACGCUGCAUUUGCCUUGCAGCAUUGCGUUGCAGAGGCAUAGACAGCUUGCGCUAGAACGACGUGACGUCAUCGGGUCAAAGUUUACAGCUAUGGCGUCGGGAAAUGGAAUUGCUUCUCUGGGCGUGGAGGGAGCUACAGCAGCCGCUCAGGCUCUGUCUCUACCAGCUGAGGCUUAUGGGAACGAUCCUCAACUGGAGGUGAUGUGGGCGAUGAAGGCUUACAAUCAUGCAGAGAUCUACUUUAAUCUGAUCUCGUCGGUAGACCCUAGUAAUCUGAAGCUGACCAAGGUGGAUGACCGGAUCUAUACGUCCUUCAGAGAAUCCUUCUCAGACCUCAACAUCAAGAACUUGGACCCAGACAUGCUCAAAACUGCCGAUGCCAAAGAGAAGUGGCGUCCGUUCUGUAACCAGUUCGACGGGGUGGUGGAGGACUUUAACUAUGGGACUUUGCUACGACUUGACUGUGAGAAGGACUACACGGAGGAAAACACCAUAUUUGCCACCAGGAUCCAGUUCUUUGCCAUCGAGAUCGCUAGGAACAGAGAAGGAUUCAACACCCCUGUAUUCCAGGCCAAAAAACAGCCGCCUUAACCCAUACCCUAUAACCUUUUUAGCAUAGUCUCCAACACCCUUGUAAACCCAACCAAGGAAGAGUUUCAACAGCCCUGGUUAAACACCCUACCUUUUGACCUAGGUAUAGGAUACUCUGAACCCCACAUCACCUACAACCCAGGAACAGAUAACAUUUUACCAGCCCUGGUUACCAGGCUUGACAUCCAUCUCCUUACAAUUUUCCUGUGAUCGUCCACCUUGACAUAUCAGGUCUACUGGAUACUAGACCAGUGGCAUGUUCAGCAGGGCACCACGUUGUGGAACGUUCAUAUAUAGAACAAUGACUUGUUUGCUUACUGAGCGUGGCCCAGAGGUCCACACACCAGCCUGCAUCCCACUGUGUGCAUGAGUGUGUGUACUGAUGUCCAAUCUGAGCAUGGUAGCUACAGAGCCUUCAGAAAGUAUUCACACCUCGAUUUUCCACAUUUUGUUACAGCCUGUGGAUAAAGUUCUGAUUGCGUCACUGGCCUACACAAUACUCCAUAAUGUCAAAGUGGAAUUAUGUUUUUAGAAAAUCUUAAGCCUCGAGUAAACUAUUCAACCCCUUAUAUGGCCAGCCUAAAUAAGUUCAUGAGUAAAAAUGUGUUUAACAUGAUUUAACGACUACCUCAUCUCUGUAACCCACACAUACAGAUAAUUGUCCCUCAGUCGAGCAGUGAAUUUCAAACAGACCAGGGAGGUUUUCCAAUGUCUCAAAGGGCACCUAUUGGUAGAUGGGUAAAAAUAAAGAAAAAGACAUUGAAUAUCCAUUUGAACAUGGUUAAAUAAUUACACUUUGGCUGGUGAAUCAAUAUACCCAGUCACUACAAGGAUAAAUGCAUCCUUCCUAACUAUCCAUCCUUCCUAACUCAGUUGCCGGAGAGGAAGGAAACAGCUCAGGGAUUUCACCAUGAGGCCAAUAGUGAAUUUAAAACAGUUUAAUGGCUGUGAUAGAAAACUGAGGAUGGAUCAACAUUGUCAUUUCAGUUAUUGUGGAGUAACUACAGAGUGAAAAGAACGAAGCCUGUACAGAAUAUACUUUUCCCCCAAAAUGCAUCCUGUUUGCAGUAAGGCACCAAAGUAAAACUGCAAACAAUUGGCUAAGAAAUUAACUUUGUCCUGAAUACAAAGCAUUGUUUGAGCCAAAUCCAACAUCACUGACUUAGGAGUUUUUUGGGAUACAAAUAAACAGAAUAGAGCUAAGCACAGGCGAAAACCUGGUUGUCUGCUUUCCAACAUACACUGGGAGACAUUCACCUUUCAGCAGGACAAUAACUUAAAACACAAGGCGACAUUGAAUGUUCCUGAGUGGCUUAGUUACAGUUAAUGGCUGUCUAACAAUGACCAACUUGACAGAGCUUGAAGAAUUUGCAUAUAUUAUACAAUCCAGGUGUGCAAAGCAGCUGUUAUCGCUGUCAAAUAUGAUUCUGACAUGGAUUAACUCAGGGUGUUGAAUACUACUAAUUUUUCUACUUUGACAUGAGUAUUGUGUAGAUUGUUCAAAAAAAUAUAUUUUUUUAUCCCACUAACAAUGUGGAAAAGGUCCAGGUGUGAAUACUUAAAGGCAUUGUAUAUGUAAUUAGAUUCUCUAAUUCGUGGCAAUAAUUUCUGGUUAUGUUCUUGUACAGUUUGUUUCAAAUGACAAUAUUCUUUAUAGUGAACCACUUUUGACCAUGGUGCUGGCUAAAAUUGGUGCACUGUUGGAAAUCGGGUGUCCUUUUUGAUUUGCCCGGUGUGUGUGUAUCCAACCACAUUCACUGACUGGUCUCGUGAAUGGUAAAAACACAUACAUCUGAAUAAAUGGAAGUCUGGAAUCA